GUGCAUUAGGAAAGGCCUUCCCAACUCAUUUCCCCCCGUCCUUUUCCAAUCAAAUUAUCCUGUGCCGUUGGUGCACUGCACCAUCUGAAUCCGUUCAGAAGAAAAGAAAAAAAAGAAAAAGGAAUUUGAGUUGAGAGAGACGAAGAGCCAAAAGAAAAUGGUAUCCGAAGACAAGACGACGCUGUACAAACAAUUGCACAAGCUAACAGCAUUACAAUCCGAACAAGAACUGGAAAAUUUUCUCAAUCUCCUUUGGAAAACUCGCAAGACUGGUCUCUCUGCUUCCGACAAAUCCUCAGUCCACUUGUCCCUUCUUAAAGUCCCAUCUCUCGGCGACCUCGACCUGGUUUUGGCAUGUGUUCGAUCACUUAUCAGAAAAUGUGUACAUGAGAACUUAGAAGGUGAUGGUAUUUUGAAGCUGCUUCCACAUAAUCUUCCUCUCGAACUUCAACGCAUGCUUCUAAUGUCAUUGCAAAAAUAUCAGAGCCAGUGGAAGCAGGAGCUGUCAGAGGAGCAGCAUCUGUUAGGAAGUUCUGGAUGUUUGCAUCGAGUUAAUACCGACUUGCCACCACCUUUAUCAUCUUUUGUUUCUUCAGAAGGUUGUGGAUCAUCAUGGUCUCGGCAAGUUAAUCCAGUCCCUCAAUCUGAUGGUCAGCAUGUUGGAGGUCCUAUGUCAAUCAAUGUCUCACACUCUUCACUAGUGCCACUUCAAAAUGAUGUCAACCCUGCAGACGGAAUUCUUCCACAACUGAAGUCUAUGGCUUGGACUGUGGACAAUAAAAACAAGAUGCCAGCUAAUCGAGUGGCUAUUAUAACUCUUAAGCUGCAAGAUUUCUCGAAGUCUCCUCCAACAGAAAUAGAGGUGAAGUUUCAGCUUAGCAGAGACACUCUGGAUGCAAUGUUGAGAUCAAUGACCUACAUCAGUGAAAAACUGUCGAGCUCUGUUGAAUCUGCAUCGGUGCCAUCCCAGAAGCGACAAAGACACUAAUUGAUCAUUUUUCUUAUUUUUGUUAUUCCUGUAGAGGUAAAGGUUUGUGACUAAAAAUGUCAAUGAUCAGUCGACAUUUGGCUAUUAUAUUCAGUAGCCGGCCAGAAGGGAAGUUCAGCUUCACCUGACUAUGAUUCAAAAUUUGCAACCAGCUUCUCCGAAUCAUACCUGAUGCUUGUAACUUGAGACCAGUGGUUAGCUUAGGUAAGGCAGCUCACCAAAUUUCUCUUUGUUUUUUUGAGAAUAGCCACCGGGGGUUACUCUUCAGACCUCUCACUUAGGUAGUUAAGUUAAUCGAUCUUGGCGUCUCCUGAGGACAAUCUCAAUUUUUGAUUGGCUCUUUGUUUCUACUCAAGUAGUUGCACGCUCAUAUAAUAUUUCUUAACAUCGUAUGAAUGCUAUGUAUCCAUUAACCAAAUACUUUGUAUAAUACAGAUUAUUUAGGACAAAUCGAACACAGUUUUUUGUAAUAUAAGUUAUACUUAUUUGACAGUCUUUAUCCCAAGGGCAGCAUGGCAUAAU